GACAUUUAUAACCUCAAAAUUGGUCCGAAAUCGCAUGUGCUGAUGAUCGUAGAUUCGCAGACGAUGGUGUCAGUGACAUUAUGAAUUGUGAGAACACUGGUUCGUAAAUUUAGGAUUCGCUAACUGAAGACAUUUGGAAUUCAGAAGAAACUGCAGUAACAAAACAGUGUAGACAAUGACUUCACCGUACACCUGUAUCACAUGUCGAGUGGCAUUCAGAGACCUGGAAAUUCAGAGACAGCACUAUAAAUCUGACUGGCACAGAUAUAACUUAAAGAGAAAAGUAGCUGACUUACCUCCUGUUACAUCAGAAGAAUUUCAAAAGAGAGUGAUAGCACAACGCGGCAAAGAACAAGAACUGAAGCAGGACAAAUCUUAUAACUGCAAAGCCUGUAGAAAAAAUUUUAAUACCAGAAAUCAAUAUGAGAAUCAUAUACUAUCGAAAAAACACAGAGAAAAUGCUUCGGUUCUAAGUAACAGUGACAAUGAAGGUGAAGGUAUGGAAAUCACCACCAAGACUCCUAAACACGGCGACAAUUCAUCAGUCAAAAACAAUAGUCAAGUAUUUUCACAAUCAAAAAAUAGCACCCAAGAUGAAGACAUUGAAAUUGAUUCUGAUUCAGAAUCGGUUGACUCGGAUGAGUGGAUAGAAGACACUGAAAAUCCGGUAAAAAAUAAUGACUGUCUAUUUUGCAGUCACCACAGCAGGUCGUUUGUGCGCAAUCUUAAGCACAUGACAGAAGCUCAUUCGUUUUUCUUACCGGAUCCUGAGUAUUGCAUAGAUCCUAGAGGACUGCUGAUAUAUCUUGGUGAAAAGGUAUAUGCUGGAUUUAUGUGCCUUUGGUGCAACGAUUCCGGUAAGGCAUUUCACAGUGCAGAAGCUGCAAGAGCACACAUGAUAGAUAAAAGCCACUGCAAAAUGCUGCACGAGGGUGAGGCGUUAAUAGAAUAUGCAGAAUUCUACGAUUACUCUUCGAGUUACCCUGACGGGGAGAAUCAGGAUCCAGAUGACGAAGUUGAGAUUCCAGAACUUGAUGACACAGAUUAUCAACUGGUGUUACCAUCCGGAGCAACGAUUGGGCACAGAUCUUUGAUGAGGUAUUACAAACAGAGUUUGAAUCCAAAUCGGGCAGUUGCGCUACCAAAAAAAGAAAAAUUGCGCAGAGUUUUACUGCAAUACAGAGCUCUUGGCUGGACAGACACACAGAAAGAGGCUACUGUGAGGAAAGCUAGAGAUAUUAAAUAUAUGCAACGAAUUCAAGCGAAAUAUUCAACACAACUGCAGUUCAAGGCAAACAAAUUUCAGAAACAUUAUAGAGCUCAAGUAAAUUUCUAGGCAUUAAGUAGAAUACAGUUACAUAUAUAUCAUCAGUUUCAUCUAAUAAGCAGCUUGAUGUUUGUUUUUGUUAUUUGAAAGUUCCUUUGAAAAACAAUUAAAGCUCUCAGAGGCUUAAAAAGAGAUUAUUGAGAAAAUUUGGCACUCUGUUUGUACUUCUCACGAAUUAGACAACACCAUUACCUAUAGUAUAUACCCCUGUAAUGAAGUACGAUUAUAGUAAUAAUUUCCGGAUGUUACAACGUGGUUGUUACAAUGUACCAUUUCAGUUGUAUAUACUUACUUCAAUAUAAAUAGUAAAAUAACAUUUAUUUUAAUGAAA